UUUCAGUUUAUAUUUGUAUCCAUAGAGAAUAUAAUCAUUUUGUUUUAUUUGUAUACGUCAAAAUAUUUAUAAUAUUUACCCAUAUAUACCGAUCUAAAAAUCUAUAACAAACGCUGUAUAAAUACAACGAAACAAAUAACAUUUUUACAAAGUCUUUGAGACACUUCACUCGAUUCAUACAACGGCGAACUGGUCACGUAAACUUUUACACUAAAUAUAGUUCCGGAACCUUAACUGGCGCAACAAUGGCGAAAGAGUCGGCCGCGGCCAAGUUCGAUCCGAACACGGAAGCAUUUCAAAUGCGGGCGCAAUGGAAGAAAGUGGACAACUGCAGGAAGCAGUGGUUCGACAGAUGGAGCUGGCUGCUGGACGAGAGAAAGCAAACGUUGGCCGAGGUAGACGCCAUUCGUGAAGAGGCGGCUGCUGCGCUCCCCCAAGUGGUGAGUAAGUUGGAGACCGCCAAGACUUUGAAACCGGUGCCCGUGACGUCUACGGGUCUCAUUGGAUGGAUAUCGACCAAACCUGAUUGUCAGUUGGAGAUCUACACGUCGUGGCUUUCUAAGAUCCCGGUCAGGCUCCCCGACGUUUGGGACGACAAGGACUAUUUGGGACCAAGUUAUUAGAGUAAAAAAUAUAAUGAUAUUGUCAUUUAAUUCAUUCGUUUGAAUUAUAUUUUAAAUCUUAGUAA